GGUUACAACACCUCUAGGGAGGAGCCUGGUACGGCCGUUGCCAGGCGCUGUUAUUGCCGCCUGGGAGCUGGGAUAUGGCGGUUAGGAAGCGGGCGGUGUGAGAGCAGUGCGGGCGCAGCUGGUGAAAUAACGGCCGGAAGGUGACGUGCUGCCGGGUGCUGUGUCAUCUACUUAUUACCCGGGGGGAGACUGCUCCUGGCACACGGUGGUCUUUGUCUGAGAGGGGCACAGCGUGAUGGUACGAACUAUGGAGGACUAUGAACAAUUUUGCACAAAUCAGUUUGCCAGAAUAAAAGGAGAAGUGAUUCACAGCGGGUUGUUAUCUGCUGAACCAGCGGUCUCUGUAAUUCGGUUCCAUGGAGUCGCUGUGCUAUCUCCUCUGAUCACAUUACAAAGGAGAGAAGAGAUGCAACAAUACAGACAAAAGGCAGUUGAGCUGGAAAUGAAAAGAAACGGUAGCAAAAAGAAAACCUUACUGAACCGAGUGCAGGAGAUCCUGGAAACUGUACAGGUAAAACAGACACCUAUCACAACUCAUCUGUCUAAUGUGGAGAAUGAAACAGAUGAGCAAACUACAGACUCCAAAAUCAUGAAUGGGUUUGCAAUUCUUCCUAGUGUCCUUAACUUGCCAAUGCUAUCUGCUCAAAAUGAACCUACAAAGAUUGAAAAAAUACUGGACAGUACACCGAUAACUAGAAAGUCUAAACCUGGUUUUGUGGAAUCUAACUCGGCCAAAGAAAGCAAGGAUGUUUUACCUUUUAAACAAACUAAUAGCCCUGUGACAUCUUCAGAAGCCUCAUAUGGGCAACCAGUCUCAGAAUCUGAUAAUCCACCAUCUGCAAAGGAUGCUCCAGAUCCCUAUGUGAUGAGUCUUCAAAAUCUUCUAAAGAAAUCUAGAGAGUACAUAGAAAGAGAGCAAAGCAGGCGCAACUUGAAGAACGUAUCAAAGACUAGCUCUAAUGAAAGCCAUUCUGACAAGGAAAAUGACACCAUUAAAAUAAGUGACUCUGUAAAAGAAAAAGCCAGGCUUCUGAACAGAAGUAGGAGUUGUAGCCCGCUUAUGGCAGACAAGCCAACCCUUAAUAAAUCCAAUUCGUUACUUCAGGCUGCUUCCAUCCAAAUCCCAAGUAUGAGUUCUGCUUCUCUAACAAGCUUAUCAAAUGUGGAUAUUCCUUUGAAGCCAGGGACUUUGUUAGGUGUAGAUAGCGAAUCUGAUGAAGAACUGAAAAAUUCAUGCACAAUCGAAUAUGAAAGCAGCAUUGUGAAAAGUCUUACUGGGUCUUAUGCCAAAUUACCUAGCCCUGAGUUAAGCUUAAGCCCCAAAAUGCACAGAAGACGUCCCCGGACUUCAUCGGCUGGGCAUAUAAUUAUCAACAAGCCAAUAAAUGCCUAUGAUUUAAGUCCCAAUGACAAAGGAAAAACAGUGGAUAUGGUAUUUCACAGGAGAUCUGAAAAAACAUGUUUGUCUGACCCAGUGCCAAAGAUAGAGGGUCAUCCUUCAGGGCCUUGUUCUAGUAAAGACAAUUUAUUGAAUACAAGUAACUGUUAUAUCUCACCAAAAGGCAGCUCUACAGUUUCCAUGACAAGCUGUGAGCACAAAGCCCAUGAUACUACACCUGAGACUGAUGGUCACCAGGCGAUAUUUUGCAGGGGACAACCAGUUUAUGAUAUUUGUUCCCCGACUGAAAAUCAGUUGAGUCCACCUGUAAACUUGCCAGAUAGUACACAGAAAGGCAGUAAACCAAACAUGGAAUUGUCCAAGCACAAUUCUCCAGUAGAACUCAACAAAUCAUAUGACGUAGAAACUCCUUCACCUAUGUUGGUGCAAAGCCACAACGUAAACCAGGGCACAGACAUUCCAAAUGUGUCUUGUAAUAGGGAUUGUCUUUCAGGGGGGAACUUUGAUGCACAGAUUAAACGUAGACUUGAACUAGAUUUGGACAGCACUCAAAAAGAAUUCUUUACCCCACUUUCAAAAACAGAAGAAGAGAAAAGGAGGCUUCAUGAACAGAAAAAUGUCAUUGCAUCUGUCCCCAUCAUCAGCAAUGAAGAGUCCUUAAGCAGUAUUCAAGGUGAUCAUCUGAGAAAAAAGAUGCUGGCUUUUGAAGAAAUGAGGAAGAAACUUGAAGAGCAACACGCGUAUCAGCUGUCACUACUCAUAGCAGAACAAGAGAAGGAACAACGGAGGCUGCAGAAGGAAUUUGAAGAGGAAGAGCGGAGACUCAGGUUAAAAGACAACGAAAUUCCAGAAGUCAUUGAAAUCUGCACAGUGAAGCCCGAGUGGAGGAACAGAAGUGGGAGUUUGCCUGAUAUGGCACCAUGUCAAGUAGAAACGUAUUAUUCCUCUUCGCCCAACACUACUGUUGGGUCGGUGUCUUGCAUAUCCCAGCAUAGUUAUGCUUCUAGAAAUGAAUCUUCCUUUGGUCAGUGGGGACCAACAACAAGUGGAACACAGAGAAUGUCAGCCCCAAGGUCUCUUGGGAAGUCAAGGACACGAUGGUCUCAGGUUUAUAGUCCUGCGAUGCAAAGAAAACUUAACAAAGUAAGUGCGCUGGCCAAGGGCUUCUUAACACGAAGACUUAUGCAGACAGAGAAGCUUCGGAACUUAAAGCAAACUGUGAAGGACACAGCAGAGUUUUUGAGAACCUUCCAGACCGAAGUUCCGCUAAGCAGGGGUAUUGUGUCUGCCCAAGAUGCGUCUUUACAUGAAAGAGUUCACGCACAGCUACGAGCAGCUUUGUAUGAAAUCCAUGAUAUCUUCUUCGCAAUGGAUGCCGCAGACAGAAUGCAUAUCCUCAUUCAUGAUCGGGAAUUGCGGCACGAGAAACUGAUCAGACAAAUGGUAAAAACCACAAAUCUGAUUGCACACAAAAGAAUAACGGUGAAGGAAAAACUUAAAAGCCCUCGGGACAGAGUGACUUUGUCAUCUGCAACACAAAAAUCUUUGGACCGGAAAAAGUCCACAAGAGCUGUUAAUGUUGGAAUGUCUAAGAAAGUUCAACACAAACCUAAAGCCUUGGAAACUAGAAUACUUCAGCCAAAUCAAGGUCAAAAUUCACUGAUUAAUAAGCUGCUUUGCAGGCAAGGGAGUAUCUGCAACAAAAACCCAAAGAAGGAAGCCAAAUGCUGUGACAAUUUAAGGAGACAACACUCACUGGGGUAGAUAAUGUGGGACAAUUCUUUAUGAUCUACAAACUCCAGAGGAACUGGCCUAUUUGCACACACGUGGCAUGCUGCGCUCUGUACGGGAAUCUUGUUGCAUUGGAAUAAUAAAAAAAGAAGAAUAACAAUGCUUUAUUUAAAAUAAUGUGUCCUGUCUGUACAUUCUGUGUAUGGUAAUGCGCAAGCAGACGUACAAAGGAAAUAUAACGUAGCUUCUGACUAAUACAGAAUCCCAUACACCUCUGGUAUUCUGUACUUCCAUUUAAAUACAUUGCAAAGUGGAUUCCAAUAAAACUAUACUAAAUUGAAGAUGUCAGUGGAACAUCAGCUGGUAUCAUUAUGCUGCAAAGGGGUUAAUGUGAGAUGAGCUUUGUUCAGGAUGUUAAUUUAUUGGUGGGAUGAGAACUGCUGUGAAAUACAGUAAUCUGGGAAUCUCAGCACUGUACACUUAAACGCAAUGCUGCACGUACUUGCAAAUGACUUUAGCUAACAACAAAAUGAACUGUUAACAGUCUUGGUGACUAGUAACUGCUUUUAAGGAAAUAUUUAUUAUUAAAUAAUUUUCUUGUUUUAGUUUACAGUUUACACAUCCAAAGGCGUUUUAUUGCUGUUUAUGUACCUAAUAGUUUACAUUUAAAUCACAGUGAUGAAGUUAAGUCUGAGCUGAUAAUGCAAAGUGGUGAAAACAAGACGGCACAGAUGUUAUGAUUUUCUGCAAUGUAGAGAGAGUAUUUCUUGAAUGGUAUUGUCUGUGUAGAUAAGUUGGUUUAUAGUCUGAUUAUAUUAUAAUUCAUAUGUUCCUAGAAAAUAGAAAGUUUUUUUUGUUUUUAUUUAGUAACAAAAAAUGAAGGAGCAAACAAUGCUGAGGUGAAACUUAAACAUUCUAAAAAAAAUAAUAAUGAAAAGAAGCCCUUAUGAUACCAAAACUCGAGACUACGUUUGUACGUUAGCCAGCAAAAUGUUGCAUAACUAUUUAAGACCUUUCUAACUAACCAAGCAUAACUUAAAUAAUAACGGUCACCUUUGUAUGCCAACGUAUACACAACAAAAUGCAAGUCAAGUAUGUAGUAGGUUUUGGCGAGAUCACAUUCCAUUUGUAAAGAACUUCUAGUUGUGCAGAUUUUAAGCUUGGCUAGUGCUGAUCUCUGAGUUUACCUGCAUGUUGAUUGUAAGCAUGCACCAUGCAGGCAUUUGAUUGGCAGGCAGGUGCAUGUACAGUACAUAUUCCCUCUCCCAGAUCUAGGCUCCAAGAUUGGCACCGGGUUCCAACUGUGGCAAAAAAAUAAAUACAAAUAUUUUAUAUAUAUAUAUAUUAUUAUUAUUAUUUUUUUCUUGGUAUUCAUGCACUCACUACCUUCGUUGGGUAUUCAAAUUAACCCUGGUGUCUCCUCCAAACAGUGUAAACAAAAGGAUCCAAGUAUGAGGGCACUCAGGAUUUAAUUCAUCAAAGUUUAUUCAACGCUUAGUUCAUAAUCCAACAUUUUCCAUCUAAUAAAUUUAAUUUAUCAGAUGGAAAAUGUUGGAUUAUGAACUAAGUGUUGAAUAAAUGUUGAUGAAUUAAAUCCUGUGAGAGGGAAUAUGUACGGUACAUGCACCUGCCUGCCAAUCAAAUGCUUGCAUGGUGCAUGCUUACAGUACAACCCUCACAUACUUUUUUUUUUUUAACAUCUUGUAAUAAAAACAAAAAAAAAAUCACAUUUGCGAUCAAGUGUGUGAAUGUAGUAUUAGUUGUUAAUUUUACAAGUGGAAUGUUAUCUGUACGUUUACAAGUGGGACGCUAUCUGAAUCUUUACAUUUUCAUAUAAGCCCAUGUUUAUUUUUAGGCAGAGGUUGAACAAAGUAACUCAAACACCCUGUUUGAAGGUGACAGAAUAUCCCAUUGGCUGGGAAUUUUCACUCCUAGUUUGUUAUAUUUUCAUACGAAAGUCAGAUGGUGACAUCAUUAUCUUUAUUGUUUCUAGUAAUGCUGUUAAUAGUAUCCAUAAAAAGUAGAUAUGAACACCCUCUAUACACAACUUUGCUAACACUAGUAUCAAACUUUGUAACUUUUUUUUUAUGAGUUUACAGAUAUUUGGCACUUUGUCACCACCUAUACAAGCUCUUUGCGGCCUUUUUUCAUAAGUGCCAGAAUUUUUUUGUUAUGUACAUUUAUAUUUAUAUGUAUUUAAUUUUCAGCAGUGUGGAAAUUUCUUUAUAAAGUGUAUUUAUUUUUGUAUCUUUAUUUUCUCAUGUUAUGUUUGAUUUGCUUGUUUUUCUUUUCUAAAAUAAACAUUUUGUUUUUGGUUUCAAA